CGCCAUGUUGUACGUGAUCGCCAUGAUCUUAUCUGAUAAUGUAAUAUACACCAACUAGUGGUUGUUGUUGUUUUGUUUUUUUUGUCAUCUCUUUUCAUGGCUUUUGAGAUAACAUAGUGUUUUUCAUAUUUAAUAAAUAAAAUAUUUCAUCAUGGAGUGAACAUGACGAAUCCCAAUUUUGUAUCAAACGGGGUGAGUCUGGAGGAUAGCCACACAAAUUUCUUUGCACUGACUGACUUGUGCGGGAUUAAAUGGCGAUGUCUAUGUGCUAACAGGGUACUAUGUUAUGACUCAGAACUACUGGAUGAUCCAGUGAUAACAUCUUAUAGUAAGUGUUUAGCUGCUGGUCUUCUUUGUGUGUGGCGAAGAGUGCCCUCAAAGUUUGAAAAUCCAGACUCUCUCAGACCAGGGAAUACCAGCCAACUUGAUGUUUGUAAAGAGCUAUGGAUUUUCUGGUAUGGGAAAGAACCAGACCUGUCAAAUUUGGUACCUGAACUAACAGAAGUAGACCAAGGAUCCUUGGAAAAUGGACUGUCCUAUGAGUGUAGAACUUUGCUCUUCAAAGCUUUUCACAAUCUGAUAGAAAGGUGUUUCCUCUCUCGGGGCUUUACACGACUAGGAAAAUGGUUCAUUCAACCUCUUGAAAGUCUGGAUUGUUUAGUUAUUCUUAGUCCUUAUGGACUAGCAGGAACCUUAACAGGGCAGACAUACAAGCAAAAUGAUCCUGGGAUACAACAGCUGUUGGUAGAGUGGCAGCAAUUUUAUCCUUUGAAUAAGACAGAAACAACAGGCUCUGAUGACAUGCCAUGUUUGGUAGAGGUCAAAGUUGCUGGAGUGAAAAUGAAGUAUCCGUCCUGUUAUGUAUUUGUUACUGAGAAUGAUGAAAAAAUGAUGACCAAUCUAUCAUCAGGAGGAGGCACUAUUGCUCCAUCUGUCAUUACUCUUGCUCCACAGUCCAGCCAGAAACCUAAUGGCCACAUGAAUGUCUUGACUCCACCCACCUCUCCUUACAAUACAUGUUUAGCCAGUAGUCUUCAAUGUAGCAGAUAUGUUGAAACUGCAAUGCCUGGACUCCUUAAUAAUCAGUCAGGCCAUCAGAUUUCAUCAUUUCCUGAUGAAGUGUGCUCUCUUACUACUCACCGACUGAAGUCUGAUACCAGGCAGGAUAACAUCAUACACCAUCAUCCUCCUUUCACUGAGAACUCGGAACCUGAUGAUUCAUUAUCAUUUCUACAGUGGGAGUUUAAUGACCCACGUACUCAAAUCGACUGUUUUUGUAUGAGGUCUAGAAGUAAAAGGUGUUCAUCAGGAGGAAAUAGAGUAUCUUGUGGGGUUGGAGCUAAUUCUAGUUGUUCAAGUCCUCUUAAUCAUGGUAUUGCUUCCAACUCCAUAGCAGAGAAAGAAAGAGGACAGCAACGAACAAGAGGAACAGUACCAUUUCAUAAGAGGAGUCAUGUUUCUAGCCAUUCACUUGUUGCAAACAUAGACAGCCCAGCUACUUUAAGAGCCCCUCCAGUUCCUGGAUUAGCAGGAGCAAAUUCCAGAUAUUUGUUUGUUCAAAAAUGUGUAGGUUUGAUGGGAAAUAGUUCAAAUACCUUACAACAUUUACAGACAUUAACAGGGCAGCCAAUGUCUGUAGAGUCUUCUCAUCCAGGCACUCCUUUGCUGCUCGAAGGUGCCUUGUCUCAGCCUUCUUCCACAGACCCAGCUAUGCCAACACUUUCUCCCCAUCCACCUGGUGUUAAAGAAGACCCAGAGAUGAGAAAGGAGGGACUUCACUCACAGAAUCCUGCAGUUUUCUCAUCUUGUAACACCACGAAAGAAAAGUACUUAGUUGAUCAGGUAUUAUCACCCUAUCAAAAUCUGCCUAUGACACCUGAGCAUCAUAAAAUAUGUGAAGGAUCACAUAGAGUUUCUACUUUCUCUGGUUACUGGCCAGCUAAUGAUCAGAAGCAAGCUCAACUUAUACAUAGUAAUACAUCCAUUUAUACAAAAGUAUCUAAUCAGGGUAUUAAACGACCAGUGUUGUCCACAUUGAAAGAAGAAGAGAUCAUGGAAGAAGAAUCAUUUCAUAGAACAAAAUGUUUAUAUGAUUACUCAAGUCUUCAUUCCACAUCUUGGGAGCCUGAGCAGAAAAAAAGAAAGCAUUUUAAUUGUGGAUUUGGUGUUAGGACAGAGAGUAUUCUAGGUGAUUUAGAAGAAACCCUCAACAGUUCAAAGUCAAAAGACCCUUAUGAGUUCAAUGAUGAUUUUGAGGAUGAACAGCGUAGUUCUUCUCCUGGUGGAUCAAGUUAUAGAAGCUGUAUUGAUAUGUUUAUCAAAGAGGGAGAGAAGACAAGAGAACAAGAGGUUACUCCUCCUCCUGCUCCCUAUCCUGGAGAACUUUCUAAGCCGUCUGUCUUGAAUGAACUUUCGUGUGCAACAUCCCCACUCACUCCUCGUCCUCAUAUUACCAGUUUCACUAGAGAAGAAGACCUUCAGCUUACAGAACAUGACCUAGAAAAUAUAUUUGAAGUGAGCGCUUCUGAUGAAAGCAGUAAUGAAAUGUUCCAGCAUCCAGCCACACCUAAUUCCAUAAAGUUCACACCUUACGAAGAGAAUGUAACAAAUGCAAACAGUACCUCAUUUCUGGGUCCAGCAGAGUUAAUGCGGAUGUUUCCCACUCCUCCAUCUUUAGAACCCCAUGUUACUCCAUCUCCAUCUGGGAUUGUUGAUAUUACAGUAGUGGAUGGUAAUAAUGGCUUACCAACAAUCAGGGAAAGAUUAGAUAAUCAUGCCAGCUUUGAUACUUCAGGGCUGUAUGAACAAACCAGAGAUUGGUCAUAUGUAUACAAGCCCAUGGCACAGUACAAGUUUCUGAGUUCAAAUAAAUACUCUCCUCUCUCCAGCCUUCCUAGCAAUACACUACCCUCACUCAGUGUUCCACCAGAGACUACUUACAAACCUUAUUGGCAUUUUUAUUUUUCAUCACAGGCAGGAAUGCUAGCAACAUCUGCUGGUGUCCCAGACAAUCAUUUUAAUGGGUAUCACCUGCCACCAUUUUCCCCUUCAGAGUCAUACAGCCCAGAUCUGUACCAAAAGUCUUUACCUAUUAUCUAUGAUCUGCAGUCACCAGCUUCCAAUGCUUCCUCAUAUUUAAAUAAGCAUUUAGGUUCAAUAGAUAAUAGUUUAUCAUCUACAACUCCUGAAGCUCACAGUCUGGUUGUGAACCUAAUCCUUUCAGAUUCAAUGCUCAACCUUUUCAAGGACCACAACUUCUCAAGCUGUACUCUGUGUGUGUGUAACAUGAAUGUUAAGGGCACUGACAUAGGCCUUUACCUUCCUGAUUCCAUGGUGGCUUAUAAAAACAAUGAACUCCAGGAAAAAUGUACAUGUGGUUUUAGUGCUGUGGUCAACAGACAUUUGGGGUAUAACUCUGGGCUUUUUUAUGAAGAUGAAGUGGACUUAACUGGGCUGCAGAAGGAACCCAUUAAUCGACAUCAUCAACGGUUGAAAACUAAUGAGACAGUCUCAGGUGGUGGAACAAGUAGCACAAGCCCAGAGCAGCUACUAAACAAGAUGUCUCAUGAUGUUCCAGCUUUGUUACAGAGCCACUGUUCUGUUCUUCAGCCUUCCGCUUCAUGGCUGUUUUUUGCCAGACAGCUUGGCAUGGAAAGUCAAACAGCUGUAUGCAAUACACUUCAAGUACUUGAUGGAUGUGAAGUUUGCUACUUAGCGCUAGAAGCAGGCAGACAAGCCUUAGACAGUGAAAACACUGUCAGACUAGAAAACAAAUGUGAUUAUCUUCACAAGUGGCCUUACUUACCAGCUAAACUUCCAGCCAGUAACUAUGACAUAGUGAGAUUAUUUAAAGUGAUCCAACCACUACUUCAGGUUGCAGUGCAAAAGAAGACUAUGCAGGGGAUUUGGGAAGUUACCUACACUGUAUCAGGGCCACUCACUUGGAGGCAGUUUCAUCGUUUGGCAGGGCGAGUUGGUGCCAGCACAGAGGACCAGUGUGAACCUCAACCAAUCCCAACACUUCUUGUUGGUUAUGAUAAAGACUGCCUGGCUGUCUCGCCCUUUGCUCUCAAACUUUGGGAUAAAUUGUUAUUGGAACCAUUCUCUUUACCUCAAGACAUUGCCUAUGUAGUUGUUGCUCCAGACAAUGAUUUCAUUUUAAGUCGAGUACGUUCUUUCUUCAAAGAAUUAAGCAGUGUAUACGAGUUGUGCCACUUAGGUCAUCAUUCUCCCAUUACCAAAGUUUUGAGAGAUGGUAUCAUGCGUGUUGGAAAGUCUGCAGCAAGAAAAUUAGCUGAUGAACCUGUAGAUGAAUGGUUUAACUUCAUCAGCAAUGGACCAGUGGCAUCAAAAUUGAAACUGUAUGCUCAAGUUUGUCGGCAUCAUCUAGCACCCUAUCUUGCAUCUCAGUCUCUGGACAAAUCCCUGUUUUCCUGUCUUUCAUCAGUGAGUUCCAAAUUACAAUCAGAAGCACCUCUACUGUCAUCAUUGCAUAUGGACAAUCAUCAGGAGAAGGAGCAUACUUCUAAAUUACAUGAUUCUGAUAGCCAGCAGGAGUUUGCUGCAAGUUCAGGAGGAUAUAAUACUAACUCUUUAUCUGAAACAUGGGAACAAGACAAUGGCCAACAACCUCCUGCCUUAGUAGUCUAUAUAAUUGAGCCUUUUACGUAUGGCGAUCCUGACCGUGACUUGUAUCGCUUGGCCACUCUUGGACUCUUGCUGUGCUACAAUCAGAUGUUGCGUUACCUUCCUGAACACAUCCGUAACAGUAUUCAUGUUCAGAUAAUUCGUUUAGACUGUGUUCUUUCUAUGGGGAAAGCUGAGAAUUUCAGCCAAUACCAAAAUGAGCUCAAGGCAUUAGCCUUUUCUGUGUUCAGCCAGUGUCGUCGAUUGCUCAAUCAUCCAUCAAGGAUAAAGUCUUUAACAGGUUUUGGGCCUUCUGCUGUUCAAGAACGAUUUUUAAAUGUUAAACAGAUGAAAAACAGGAUUCCCAGAACACUAUUCUGCCCUCCUUUUAUCUUGGCAACCACAAAAGACAAACAAAUAGAACUUGGGGAAAUGUUUGGAGACUGUCAAGAGAAAUCUUCUGUUUUAUAUUGUUGCUAUUGUCCUACUGAGGAUCAUCGUUGGCUGCUUGCUUGUUGCAUCAAUGAAAAAGGAGAUAUCUUGGAGAACUGUUGUAUCAAUAUUGAUAUUCCAGACAGAACUCACAGAAGAAAAGCAUCGUCUAGAACAAUUGGUCUUCACAAGUUGUUGGACUUUGUUCUCAGUGUGAUGUCCAGCUCUUGCAGUCAGUGGAGGCUGGUAGUAGGAAGACUAGGACGUAUAGGACAUGGAGAGUUAAAAGACUGGGCUUCUCUGCUUGGUAGAAAAUCGCUCCUACGCUACACCCGGCAGUUGCGACAAUUAUGUAGUCAGUGUGCUGUGCUUAGUGCUGUCGAUAUUCCUUGUAUCCUGUCAGCAUGUUUGGUGUCCCUUGAACCAGAUUCAUCCUUUCGGAUCAUGCCAGACCAGUGCACCUCAGACAAUCGGUUUGGUAGCAGCAGUCAUGGCUGUGAACUCAGCACACCUGAAGAUGCCAGCUGUACACAUAUCUUGGUUUAUCCAACUUCUGCCACAUCUCAGUCCUCCCAGGCUACUUUCCAGCAAGAGCAUAUUGAUCCUCUUGCAGAUGAUGACUUUCUUCGAACCCUUGAUAUCACAGAAGAACAGGACAUUAGUGACCUCAUUGGAUUGGCAGAUACCUUAACGCACAGUCCAAUUGGUUCUCCUCGACGAGACUGUGGAAGUCCAGGUGGUAGACACUCCCCAUUCCACCAUAAUGGUCCUGUUAAGAGUUUAGGUAGUGUAACAGGAGACCACCAGGAGGAGCCAUUACAACUACUACAACAGCCAUUGGCUCUUGGCUACUAUGUGUCCACAGCCAAGACAGGACCUCUGCCCAGGUGGUUUUGGUCCUCCUGUCCACACCUGAAGGAUGCUUGUCCUGUCUUCCUGAAGUCUGCCCUCCACAUCCACUCACCAACUGUUCAGCAAAACUCAGACGAAUUGCUUCACACUAACCAGCAUGUUAGAAACUGCCAUCCUCUUGAUUCCAAUUUGACCACAGACGUUCUCAGGUAUGUACUGGAAGGAUACAAUGCUUUAUCUUGGCUGUCGUUUGAUUCAGCGACAAAUGACCGCCAAUCCUGCCUUCCUCUUCACAUCCAAAUUCUCAUGCAACAAUACCAUGCAGCUGAAGCCAUCCUGUAAACUACAUCCUCCAACAUAUCAGGGACGGCACUGCCAGUUUCAUGUUCCAAAAGCCUUGAAAUUGGUGAUGGUGACCUGUUUACUGCACACAAGCGUUCAAACUGUAUAGUAAAUGUAUUAUUAAAGUUGGUACUAUUUAUUUUGUAUAUAAGAUAUUUGUGUAUGGUUAGAUGUUUAUCUGCUGUAACAGCAGUUAAAGCUCACUAAAUUUUGAUAUUGUUAUUUUUAUCACCAUCAUAUGUAAAGAGAGAAUAUUAUAUGAUCUUCAGAAAAUGAUAAACUUUAUAUUUAAGAUAAUCAAUUGUGUAUAGCUUUUAAUACAAAAAUGUUUUGAUUAAAAUUUGUUUACAUUAUACUA